UGGAGGGGUUGAGUUAUGUGGAGGCCUUAUCCACUCUGUCCCCCUGCCUUAGUACCAAAUAAGAAGAGAGAGAGAGAGAGCCCCGGUGGAUAACUCCGAAUCCCAUUUAUUCCCCCCCAAUAUAUACUUAUCCUCACCACCACCUCCCUCUUCUCUUCUUAUAUCCUCCCCUUUUCCUUAAUAAGAUAAGAAUAUAUACACAUAAAAUAGCAUUAGAUCAUAGAGAGCUCAAGUGCAUAGUUAAAGAGGAGAGGAGAAAAGGAUCGAGGGAAAGGGCAAAGAGGGAGAAUAAGUAGUUAAUGGAGGUGUCUCUUUUUCCGCAAAGCGAGCAUGGGAUGGCGAAUGAAAUGGUGGCUGACAGCGACGGUGAUGAUAUUGGAUCCAUGUCUUCCUUUUCGGAGGACGAGGAUUCGAGCCGCUCGAAUUCGUCGACGGAGGAGGACGCAACUUCUUCUUCGUUGAAUUCGUCGGCGUCGCCGCCGUCGAGGAUUGAUGAUUUCGAAGAUCAGGGGCCGUUGUGUGAGAUGUCUUCUUUGAUCACUCAACUCCCCUUCAAGAGAGGGCUCUCAAAGCACUUCCAGGGGAAGUCCCAAUCCUUCACCUCCCUAUCCAAUGUGAAGAGCUUGGAGGAUCUUGUGAAGCUGGAGAGGCCGUGUAAGAAGAAGCUCAAAUCAUGCAAAAGCUACUGCAGUGUUUUGGAUGGUCACCACAAGCAAUUAUCUCCCAAGUCCAUUACAAAAAAGCACUCGAGAAGCACUUUUUCUCUACUCGGUCCAAAAAGAAACAGUUUUAAUAGGCCUCCUUUGCCUCCCCACAGAUCCGGAAGCAUGUCUGGUCAAACAUUUUUAUUUAUUUAAAAUAAAAAAAAAAUUGAUAAUUAACUAAUACCUCCUUGUUCUAAUUUUGCUUUUGUUUGUGCACAGGAGUUUUUUUUUUUUUUUUUUUUUUUUUUUUUCCGCUAAAUGUUUUGGGGGAAGUUAUGUAUGUGUUUGCUGAUCUAUUGUUUAUGGAUCAGUUUGCGUAUUUAUCAAUUUAACAAGCUAUUGAGGAUGUGUAAGAUUA